AUGUCUUUCUUUGCAGAAGAAAGUUCCAUAACUAGACCUCCUCUACUGAAUGAUACUAACUAUCCUUAUUGGAAAGUUAGAAUGAGGGCGUUUAUCAAGUCACAAGAUGAAAGGGUUUGGAGAUCUAUACUAUCUGGAUGGACUCCACCAACUGAUAAAGACAAAGAAGGGACUGAUGAUGUCAAAAGAUCACGUUUUACCAUGUUACAAAAUAAUUUUGAUGAAUUGAGAUUGUUAGAAUUUAAAACUUUCUCUGAGUUUUAUGAAAAAUUGUCUGACAUUGCUAACGAGUUUUUUGCUUUGGGUGAGAAACUUGGUGAAUCUAUUUUAGUUCGAAAAAUAGUUCGUCUGCUUCCAGAUAGAUUUGACUCAAAGCUUCUGGCAAUGGAAGAAGCAAAGGAUUUUGUCAAAAUUAAGGUUGAAGAGCUAAUGGGCUCUUUGAGAAUGUUUGAACUAAACCAACAGAUCAAGCAAAAAGAUAAGCUGAAAUCCUCAUGUGAGAAAAAUAAAGAGUGUGAAGGUUUUGGUCAUAUUCAAUCGGAAUGUGCCAAUACGUUGAAAAAGAACAAAAAAGGGCUAAAUGUCACUUGGAGUGAUGAUGAGACCAAAAGCAGUGAAGAAGAUGAGGGAAAUGUUGCUUUAACCUCUGCUUUGUCUAGUGUUUUUCAGGAAAAACUUGUGUGUUUGAACAACAUUAUCACUGAAAGCAAUAUUGAUGGUGUAGUCUCAAAUUCUGAUGAGUCAGAAAUCAAUGAGGAUUCAUUGGCUGAAUCUUACAAGGUAAUGUAUGGUUCGUCUAUAUUUGAAGAAAUUCAGAACACAAGGAAAAUAAGUCAUGCUAGGUUGGGAUUUGUUGAAUCUCAAAAUAAAAUAGACACAAAAUUUGUUAAAUCUGAGAAAAUUCAUCCUAGAUGUUCUGAUCUAACAUUACAGGUGUCUGAUAUUGCAAGUAGGUCUUCUGCACUUACAAAAGAGAAGCGAUCAGGUAACAGAGACUUUCUUGUCAAUAUUCGACCUAUGCAAUGUGGUGGAUUUCCAUUUGGAAAUGGUUUAGCUGGAAAUGUUAUUGGGAUGGGAAUCCUAAAUUUUGAAGGCUUACCAAAGCUUAAAAAUGUGAUGUUAGUUGAAGGACUAAAAGCUAAUUUACUUAGCGUUAGUCAAAUCUGUGAUCAAGGGUAUACUGUUAAUUUUGAUAAUGAUCAUUGUUAUGUUCUCAACAGUGAUAAACAAUGGAUUGUUCGAGGGUUGCCUAAAUUAGGUAAAGAAUCUGUGAGUAAAUGUGAACCUUGCCAGCUUGGUAAGCAAUUGAAAGUUACCCACAAAUGCAUUUCUGAUUUUAAUACCACCAAGGUUCUUGAAUUACUCCACAUGGAUCUGAUGGGUACAAUUCAGGUUGAAAGUUUGAAUGGUAAUUCUCAUGAAUUUUCUGCUCCUAAAACUCCUCAGCAAAAUAGAGUUGUGGAAAGAAAGAACCACACCUUGCAGGAGAUGGUCAGGGUGAUGUUAAAUAGCAAAAAGCUUCCCAAGCGAUUAUGGGCUGAAGCAAUGAACACAGCUUGUUAUAUCAUAAAUAGAGUGUUUCUUCGUCGAAGUACUCUUAAGACACCUUAUGAAAUCUGGAAAGGUAAGAAACCCAAUGUAAGUCAUUUUCAUGUGUUUGGUUGUGCUUGGUAUAUUCUAAGAGAUCGUGAAAACACUGUAAAGUUUGAUGCUAAGAGUAACGGUGUUUUUAUUGGAUAUUCUGUUAAUAGCAGGGCAUAUCGUGUAUAUAACAUGAGAACCCAAACUGUAAUGAAGUCUGGUAAUGUUGUUGUUGAUGAUUUUAAGGAUUUUUCUGAGUUUUCUACAUAA